GUGCACCAUGGUCUGUGUCGUCCGCGACAAACGUCGUGAUUUGCUCUAGCAUCAUCUUGCAUGGGGAGUGGUGGCGAUGGUGGGCAUUUUUUGUGUGUCGGUCGUGGUCGGAAUCCCGUCUACGGUGCUCGAAGCGCUCUGCGGCUUUCUCUUCGGCUGCCUCGGCGGCGCAGCCGUGUCCACCGUCGGCAAGGCCAUGGGCAGUGUCCUCGCGUUUGUGCUCGGUCGGUACUUCCUCGGGGACGUCGUCGUCGUCUGGAUGAGAAAGUACCCCGUCGUCCACGCGAUCUCGCUCGUGUUUGCCGCCGACGCGACGAGCAGCUGGCAGUUGCUCUUUUGUGCCCAGAUGUCGUACAUGCCGCUCACUAUCAAGUGCUACAUGCUGAGCAUGCUCGACGUGUCGACGAUGCGGUUUGUCGUGACCAAUGUCCUGUGUGGCAUUCCGUAUUCGGCCUUUUGGAGCUACAUCGGGAGUCAAGCAAAGGACGUGGCCAUGUUGUUUGCCGGGAAAGGGAAGGCAAAAACAGAGCGGUUCGUGAUUAUGGGCUGUGGCAUCGGGUCAGGGGUGCUGGGCCUUGUGGCAGUAGGUUUCUAUACCAAGAAGAAACUCGCGGAGCUGCAACAUGAAGUGCCACAACUCCAAGUCAGGUCGGUUGGCCAGGACGACACAAUUGAUGGUAGCAGUGGCUCCUGCAUCGUAAUCAAAUGACACCAAAUCCCCGUUCCGCA